UCACACCGGUAGUGACGCGAAAAUGGCGUCCUCCGCUGCACGGCAGACUACACGCUGGUUAUCGACAUCAGUUUCUACUGGACACCGUAGCGGUUGUUUUCCGACUCUCUCCGCCAGACAUGCUGGAGUUUGUUCAGCGACGAUAUGGCAGACACACCGGGGAGGGAUAGCGGUUAGCCGGAGCUCCUGGACACAUGGAAAUGUCGUGACAUUGAAAGGACUGACAGGCUCAAGAUGUCCCCGUGGCAUUGCCUGCCACUCUUUUCAUACCAGCAGCAGGUUGGCAAACAAGACAGACUUCUAUGAAGUCUUGGGUGUCUCCCGCACUGCGACACAGAAGGACAUCAAGAAGGCAUACUACCAGUUGGCAAAGAAGUACCACCCGGACACCAACCCAGAUGAGCCAGAGGCCAAAGAGAAGUUUGCCAAGCUGGCUGAAGCCUAUGAGGUGCUGAGUGACGAGGUGAAGAGGAAGCAGUAUGACACAUACGGAGCGGCAGGCUUCGACGCGAGCCGUGCUGGGGCAUCGGGCCAGCAGCAGUACUACAGGGCCGGGGGGACCAGUAUAGACCCUGAGGAGCUCUUCAGGAAGAUCUUUGGAGAGUUUACUGGAGGAACGGGCUUCGGAGGCAUCCACAACAUGUUUGAACAAAGGCCCGAGUUUGUGAUGGAGCUUACGUUUUCAGAGGCAGCGAAGGGUGCGAAUAAGGAGCUCAGUGUGAACAUUGAGGACGCCUGUCCGAGGUGUGAUGGAAGGGGCAAUGAGCCGGGCACCAAAGUCUCUCAGUGUCACUAUUGUAACGGCACUGGCAUGGAGUCAAUCAACACGGGUCCUUUCAUGAUGCGCACCGCCUGUCGACGCUGUGGUGGGAAGGGAUCAAUCAUAAACACGCACUGCGCACUGUGCCGAGGUUCAGGGCAGACCAAGAAGAGGCAGACAGUCACUGUACCAGUACCUGCUGGAGUGGAAAAUGGUCAGACAGUGCGUAUGUCAGUAGGGACAAAAGAAAUCCUCAUCACGUUCAGGGUUCAGGGAAGCCCGGUGUUCAGGCGCAAUGGAGUAGACAUCCACUCAGAUGUUUUCAUCUCUGUAGCUCAGGCCAUUCUGGGGGGCACAGCCACAGCACCGGGCCUCUAUCAACCCGUCAGUAUAUUGAUUCCUGCCAGUUGCCAGGGUGAUCAGGUAAUCCGGCUGCAGGGGAAAGGCAUUCGGAGAAUGAACAGUUACAGCUAUGGAGAUCACUAUGUACACAUCAAGAUCAGAGUGCCAAAGAAGUUGACUCGUAGGCAGCGCUCUCUGUUGCUGAGUUAUGCUGAAGAGGAGACGGAUGUUCAGGGGACGGUCAACGGUGUCGAGCCCUCUGCAGGAGGGAGCAGCAGCACCUCAGAUUCUGGCGCAAAGUCCACCAGCUCAGAGGAGGGACAGGACAAGCAGCAGCAGCAGAAUGAAGAGGAGGGCUUCUUCUCCAAACUAAAGAAAAUGUUUAGCUGACACUCAGGCAAGCAGGUACAAAACCACGGUAAACAUGGUGAAGGAAGAAAAGAAAUCCACCGACUGGGCCCCCAUGCUGUCUCCUCCUGCCCCUGGGGAUUGAGCAAGGAGGAUCAAGAGAGCGGCGGAGUGGUAUUUGUGUUGACACAGUCACACAUUGUUGAAGCUGCGGUUGGCAAACAGGCCACGCAGACGCCAGAUCCACCACACACCCACUGGCCCGUCACCACAGACAGGUGCUGAGCUGAGAAACUCAAGAACUGCUGGAAGAGAAACAGGACGAGGACUACAGAGGACUAUUGUGCUACAACUCCCGUCCCUGUUUACUUUGAAACUGCACUGCUCAUUGAGUCACAAAGGGCUCCACAGACAGUAACUCUCUAUUAAAUCAAACCAAGUUAGAAGAGAGGAUGACCCACUACACUCAAAUGGCUUCAUUGCACCAACAUUUCGACUACACUUAGGCUUUUCCAAGGACGCUAAAAUGUUGGUGAGCUUCCUCUGCAGUCACCCUCUCUUCUAAAUAGGACACUGCUAUGACCAGCACCUAAUUGUUGGUGUGCAGUCACUACACAAUACAGUUAAAAUAUUAAAACAGACACAGAAUAGUAAUUGGCUAAGUAACAAAGUAUUUUUAUCAAUCCUGAGACUCACUGAAUGUUAAAACUUCCAAAUUACCAUAGAUAUCCGAUUCUGUGAAAUGCACUGGGAGAAUAUUCUAAUAUAGCAAGAAAUAAAAACCGGUAGAAUAAGGAAAAUUGUAAUUAUCUCGACAAGACUUCGAUGUAAUCAGUAGGAUUUGUUGUACCUGUGUAUGGCAACAAAACUGUGCGUAAUUUAAUAAAUAUUAAAUAUAAUUUUAAAACUUUCA